AUUAUUGGAAGCAGUGGAACAAAAUGUACCUACUAAGGGAUCAACACACCUCUGAGUACAACUAGUCUUUUCUCUAUCCAUCCAUCACUUCAUUAUUAUCUUGAAUUCCCCUUCACUUUGUGCUGCUGCCCAGCACAGAUCUACUUAUAAGGUGGUUAGUCUGUCCAUCAAUCACCCUUCUCUCAUAAAAAUACAUGUACACUGAUUAGUCAAAAGCAUCCAUCAGUCAAUCAAUCAAAUCAAUAUCAUUAGCCAGGGAAUCAAGAUUCUGAUAAAACAUCAUGUCCUCUUCUCAAGCUUUUUCCCCACCGGACCUCCACAGCUUCUCACCCUCCGACCAGCUUUGUUAUGUUAACUGCUCCUUCUGUCACACUGUCCUUGCGGUGAGUGUUCCUUGCUCCAGUUUGUCAAGGACUGUGACGGUACGAUGCGGCCACUGCACCAACUUGUUCACUGUGAAUAUGAGAAGCCUGCUUCUUCCUCCCCCUAAUCAGCUUGGGAACAACUUGUUUCCUCCCCAAAAUCACGCGGAGGAGAUUCGAGGUUCAGCAUCUGAUAAUAUGUUCAUGAAUCAAACCAGUCCAACUGACUCUCUCAUUCCGAUCCGAGGAGGGGUCAAUGAGCUUCCGAAACCUCCAGCUACUAACAGACCUCCGGAGAAACGACAGAGAGUCCCCUCUGCUUACAAUCGCUUCAUCAAGGAAGAGAUCCAACGCAUCAAAGCCGGGAAUCCUGAAAUAAGUCACAGAGAGGCUUUCAGUGCAGCUGCAAAAAAUUGGGCCCACUUUCCUAACAUUCACUUCGGACUAUUGCCUGAUGAAUCCGUGAAGAAGACUAAUGUUUGCCAACAGGAAGGAGAUGAUGUUCUGAUGAAAGAAGGAUUUCUGGCUGCUGCAAAUGUUGGGGUAUCCCCGUAUUAACGAGUGGAGGCUUUUAGGGUUUCUCGAGAACCGAUCCUUGUGUAACUGUUUAUUAUCUGUUGAACAUCUAGCAUGUCCUUUUUUUAAAUUAAUUUACUCUCUGUCUAACGAGCUAGCUAUUUCUUUACUGUCACUCCUACAAAUCCAGCCGGCUGCAGUACUCUGCUUUUGAUAAUAAUGUCAUUUAUCGAUCUCUCUCUUUCACUGUA